GGGGGUAUAGAAAACAGAUAGUUGUAAGCUCCAACUGAACAUGUUCUCUCUACUGAGCACAGACUCAGUGGAGGUGUGAGAGAGAGAGGGAGUUGUGUGCCCUUCGUUGAGCAGAUGAAUGAGAGAGGAGCUUAGAGACAACACGUGAUUCACAGAAAGAGAACUAGAGGGAGGACGAGAGAAGCAAGCUCGCAUACCACUAUCAACCUAGUUUCAUCGGCGCUGCACCGACGGGCAACGAUGUAGCGUUGCCUCAUUGAGAAGAACAGAGAACAACCACUGCUGCUGAGCCUUUCAUUUUCCAGGGGAAUCUUUUGGAAGUCACCCUACAGUGUUUAUCAGGGAGGGACACCAUCUAAACAAUACUAGAAAUCAAACAGGGGACUGUUUAGCGUGUUGCACCGACCAGCAGAAGCCUCAAGACUGCCGAGGGAUGAGGCAAGCAGACCGUCUGAAAGAGAGGAGAGGUAUUUCUUCCCUCUAUGGACGGUGACACAUCUAGUUCCCAGAGUAAGGUCCAACUGAAUCCUGCUGGACCAGAGGAGCGAGGGAAGGAACUAUGAGCUAAGUCACCCUCAGUGAUCGACCCCUGAAAGGUGCCUGCUCACCACCCCCAUCCUGGCGCAGAGGACCAUCUCUCGAUCUGUACCCCAACCCCAGAAGUAAAGGGUGUUUCUGUACCCCUAAAGGAGGGGUGAAACUGUCUGGAUAGAGACUCGACUGUUUGACUCUACAGCAGCAGGAACAUGGAUGACUCCAGCAUUCUGAGACGCAGAGGUCUACAGAAGGAGCUCAGCCUUCCGAGGAGGGGGAGUUUCUGUCGGACCAGCAAUAGGAAGAGCCUGAUUGUGACAUCCAGCACCUCUCCUACACUACCCAGACCACACUCACCACUACACGGACACCCAGGGAGCAGCCCUCUGGACAGCCCCAGAAACUUCUCCCCCAACACGGCGGCACACUUCUCCUUCGUUCCAGCUCGCAGGACGGAUGGCAGGCGCUGGUCUCUGGCAUCACUGCCCUCCUCUGGAUAUGGCACCAACACACCCAGCUCCACUGUCUCGUCAUCCUGUUCAUCCCAGGAGAAGCUGCACCAGCUGCCCUUCCAGCCCACGGCGGAUGAGCUGCACUUCCUCACCAAGCACUUCAGCUCCGAGAGCAUCACCGACGAGGAGGGACGACACUCGCCCAUGCGCCCGCGCUCACGCAGCCUCAGCCCUGGUCGCUCACCCAUUUCCUUUGACCAUGAGAUCGUCAUGAUGAACCAUGUCUACAAGGAGCGCUUUCCCAAGGCCACGGCUCAGAUGGAGGACCGUCUGGCUGACUUCCUAUCGUCCUCGGGUCCUGACAAGGUGAUGCCCCUGGCCGAUGGGGUCCUCAGCUUCAUCCACCACCAGGUCAUAGAGCUGUCCAGAGACUGCCUGGAUAAAAGCCGCGCGGGUUGCAUCACCUCACACUACUUUUACGAGCUGCAGGAGAACCUGGAGAAACUGCUACAAGACGCUCACGAGCGCUCUGAGAGUGUGGAAGUCACAUUUGUGACCCAGCUGGUGAGGAAGCUGAUGAUCGUCAUCGCUCGGCCGGCACGCCUGCUGGAAUGUCUGGAGUUUGACCCGGAGGAGUUCUACCACCUGUUGGAGGCAGCAGAGGGCCAUGCCAAGGAGGGCCAGGGCAUCAAGUCAGACAUCCCCCGCUACAUCAUCAGCCAGCUGGGUCUCACCAGAGAUCCCCUGGAGGAGAUGGCCCAGCUGAGCAGCUACGACAGUGGGAACCCAGAAACGCCAGAGACAGACGACUCUGUGGAUAGUCAAGGGGCCACGGUACCUGUUGUAGCUCCCCCUAAAACCAAGGCCCCACGGGAGGAGGACUUUGAAAACAUCAAGCUCAUUAGCAACGGGGCUUACGGUGCUGUGUUUCUGGUGCGUCACAAGGAGACGCGUCAGCGUUUUGCCAUGAAGAAGAUCAACAAGCAGAACCUGAUCCUAAGGAACCAGAUCCAGCAGGCCUUUGUAGAGAGAGACAUCCUGACCUUUGCUGAGAACCCAUUCGUGGUCUCCAUGUUCUGCUCCUUCGAGACACGCAGACACCUCUGUAUGGUCAUGGAGUAUGUCGAGGGUGGUGACUGUGCCACCCUGCUGAAGAACAUUGGGGCUCUGCCUGUGGACAUGGCACGCAUGUACUUCGCUGAGACCGUGCUGGCACUGGAGUACCUCCACAACUAUGGCAUCGUACACAGAGACCUCAAACCGGACAAUCUUCUGAUCACUUCGAUGGGCCACAUCAAGCUGACAGACUUUGGCCUGUCUAAGAUCGGUCUGAUGAGCCUCACCACUAACCUGUAUGAAGGACACAUAGAGAAGGAUACCAGGGAGUUCCUGGAUAAACAGGUGUGUGGUACACCAGAGUACAUAGCCCCAGAGGUGAUCCUGAGACAAGGCUAUGGGAAGCCAGUAGACUGGUGGGCCAUGGGGGUCAUCCUCUAUGAGUUCCUGGUGGGCUGUGCCCCUUUCUUUGGAGACACGCCAGAGGAGCUCUUUGGACAGGUCAUCAGUGAUGAGAUCAUAUGGCCAGAGGAGGAGGAGGCUCUUCCUAACGAUGCCCAGGACCUCAUCUGUAAACUCCUCAGACAGAACCCUCUGGAGAGGCUGGGUACAGGCAGUGCAUUCGAGGUGAAGCAACACCGGUUCUUCUAUGACCUGGACUGGAACAGUCUGCUGAGACAGAAGGCAGAGUUCAUCCCUCAGCUGGAGUCAGAGGAAGACACCAGCUACUUUGACACCCGUUCAGACAGGUACCACCACAUGGACUCUGAAGAUGAGGACGACACUAACGAUGACGAUCACGUAGAGAUGCGCCAGUUCUCCUCCUGCUCGCCCCGCUUCAGCAAGGUGUACAGCAGUAUGGAGCGGCUCUCCCUCCAUGAGGAGAAGCGGGCCCCCCCACCCACCAAGCGCAGCCUCAGUGAGGAAGGAGGAGAGCGCAUCGACAGCCUCAGUGGGCUCAAGUCCAGAGACCGCUCCUGGCUGGUGGGGUCACCUGAGAUCCUGCGUAAGCGUCUGUCCGUCUCGGAGUCGUCCCACACUGAGAGUGACUCCAGCCCUCCUCUGGCUGUGCGUAGACGCUGCUGCUCCGCCAUCAUCGAGAUGCCACGCUUCGCCAUCUCCUCGGAGGAGGAAGGAGGGGUGGCCCCCAGUCGUAAGAGCCCCAUCCUGCUCAGCCAGACCCCCGGGGGAGUCAGGGGACCCCGCAUUGAGGAGCUGCCCCUCUCCAUCCCAGAGCUCCCAAUAGAGAGAGAGCUGAAACUGGUCGAGUCCCCCACCACACCUGGGUCCAUCACCAGCCAGCUCAGCAGAGCCACACUCACACCGGGUAGUUCAGGAGAUGUGUGGGAGCGUGGUACAGUGUCGGGAGCAGACAGCUCUACCUCCACCCCUAAGGCCAUCAGUGACCUGGCAGUUCGGAGGGCCCGCCACAGACUGUUGUCUGGAGACACGGACAAACACACCCAGUCCAGACCCCUCAACAAGGUCAUCAAGUCUGCCUCCGCAACUACGCUCUCACUCAUGAUCCCUCCAGACCACCAUGGAGCCUCCCCAUUGGCCAGCCCCAUGUCACCCCACUCCCUCUCCUCCAAUCCCUCAUCCAGAGACUCCUCCCCCAGUAGAGACCUUUCGCCGGCCGUAGUCAACAUCAAACCCCCCAUCAUCAUCCACCGGGCGGGCAAGAAGUACGGCUUCACCCUCCGGGCUAUCAGGGUGUACAUGGGAGACACGGAUAUAUACACUGUACAUCACAUAGUCUGGCAUGUGGAGGAGGGUGGUCCUGCCCAUGAUGCAGGGCUGAGAGAAGGAGACCUCAUCACUCAUGUGAACGGGGAGGCUGUCCACGGCCUGGUCCACACUGAGGUGGUGGAGCUCGUCCUCAAGAGCGGUGGUAAGGUGUCCGUCUCAGCCACGCCCUUUGAGAACACCUCCAUCAAGGUAGGCCCCGCCCGCAAGACCAGCUCCAAAUCCAAGAUGGCGCGUCGCAACAAAAAGACCAAGACCAAAGAUGGAGGCCAGGAAAGCAGCGGCAAGAAGAGGAACUCUCUGUUCAGGAAGAUCACCAAGCAGGCGUCUCUACUCCACACCAGCCGUAGUCUAUCCUCUCUCAACCGCUCCCUGUCUUCUGGAGAGAGUGGACCAGGGUCCCCCACACACAACCUGUCCCCCAGGUCACCUACACCUGGCUACCGCUCCACGCCUGACUCUGCACACUCUGUAGGGGGAAACUCGUCUCAGAGCAGCUCUCCCAGUUCCAGUGUUCCAAACUCCCCAGCCAGCUCCGGUCACAUCCGGCCUAGCUCCCUCCAUGGCCUCGCCCCCAAGCUCCAGCGCCAGUACCGUUCCCCUCGACGCAAGUCAGCCGGCAACAUCCCCCUAUCCCCCCUGGCCCGCACCCCCUCCCCCACCCUGCAGAGCACCUCCCCCCAACGCUCUCCUUCUCCCCUGCCCAGCCAUGCUGUGGGCUCCUCCUCUAUGGGCCAGUCUUUCCCCGUGAAACUCCACUCCUCCCCUCCUCUGGUCAGGCAUAUCUCCAGGCCCAAGAGCACUGAACCCCCCCGCUCCCCACUCCUCAAACGAGUACAAUCCACCGAGAAGCUAGCCUCCUCCCUCUCCUCCUCCUCCUCCGCCUCCUCUCCCUCUGCGUCGGGGGCCGGAGGUGACAAGAAGCUGCCUGUAGCGGUGACAGGACGUAAACACAGCCUGGACAUCUCCCACCAGGAGUUUAAGAAGGAGAUGCUUCAGAGAGACCCCAGUCUGCAGAGCCUGCAGGAGUCCGCUGGGGAGAGAGAGGGGGUGCUGGGGGUGGGGACAGGGGUGGGGGGUCGGGGCCCCGUGGAGAAGGGCAGCCUGCAGAAACACUCCUCCUCCAGCAGGAAGCUGGGGCGUCAGGAGGGGGACGUCGGACCGGCAGCCGGGUCCCUGGGGCUGGCCCCCGGGAAGAGCAAGCUGAAGGACAAGCUGUCAGCCAUUAGACAGGACCGGGCUGAGAGGAGGGAGUCACUGCAGAAGCAGGAUGCUAUCCACGAGGUGGACUCUUCAGAGGACGAGACAGACGAGGGGUCGGAGGACAGCCAGGACGGGAGGGGCAGGAACACCUGUACUUUCACCCCCCCGCUGCUCCGCCCCACCUCCGUCAUGGCCACCGCCCCCCGCACGGGACCCGGGGGCACCCUCCCCUCACUGUGUCUGUCCCCCUCCUCCACCCUGCUGCCCAGCAGAGCCACCAUACCCUCCACAAUCCCCGAACACAAGCCCACUCAGAGUUCUCCUUCGCUGGGAGGGAAAGACAGCGGCUCAGCCUCCUCAGAUGACUGUGGAAGGAGAGAGGGGAAGGCUCCAGACACCAGCUCCAAGUUCACCCAGAGCCCACUGUCCAGCACCUUCGCCACACCCGGCAGUGCUUUCAUCUCCAUCAGUAAGGACACCUUCCUGAAGCCUGCUGCUCCAUCUUCACAUCAGGAAUGGAGGAGCCCCAAGCUACCUGAGCCCAGAGGGAAGAGCAGUAGUCCUGGGUUAUGGAGUGAGGAGAGAGACUCUGGCCUGGAGGCCCCCAGAUCCAGCCCCACUGGAUCCAUAGAUGGCAGAUACAUAGCCCACACACCCAUCUCUUCCCCAGGCAUCACCAAGGAGAAAAAGGAGGCCGACAACCGGAGGCAGGCUGCUGCUGCCGCUGCCGCUGCAGCCUAUGCCACCCCAGCCUACGCCACCCCAUCCUACGCCAUCCCCAGCCCCCCAGCCCAAGUGUCAGGGUCAGAGAGUGGGGUGGAUAAGGUUGUGUCCCAGCUAGCCACUGUGGCUAAGAGCUUCCUGGGCCCCGUCAAACUCACUAUCCCUGGGGCCAAGGAGGCUUUUGAGAGGGCCAAAGACCAGAACCAGAAACCCUCUCACCCCAAGACCAUACCCGACUCACCCCUUACCACUACCACCACCACACCCCUCUCCCCCUCCCCCUUUAGACACCCCGCCCCUCAGCCACCGCCCCGCUUGUCCUCCCAGUCUCCCUCCCGGCAGCCCUCUUACAAAACUGAGCCAGCCCCCCCUCCCCCUCCACAGAGGAGGGCCUCCCCUCCUAAAGACUGUGCCCCGGGCCCCAGGCCCACCCAGAGAGGCCAUUGAUGGGGUUACGAGGCAGUAGGGAGACUCCAGCCAUUACAGCUGUUACUGCACCAAGGCAGGGGCCCACCAACACACCCACCCAGACCCCUACUGCAGCCUCGGAGCAGCGCAAGAGGCCAGACCCAGCUGCCCCACGGAGACCCAACCCUGCCUCCGCAGCAUCCACCCCACAGGACAAAACCAGCAGCAAGAAGACGUAGCAGAAAGCAAGACUCAAGAAACACCCAUGACGAUACAGACUGCUGUCACGAGAUUUUAAUCUUAAAUCCACAAACAACUGCAUGAGAAUAAUCAUUUAUUCAAAACUUUUUGCAACACACAAAUCAUUAUGAGGGAGAGCAAGAGCGAGAAAGAGAUAGAGAGAGUGAGAUUGGGGAUAGAUCUCUGCCCUGACUGUGUAUGUCCCAGAGGCAUCCAGGCUCGCUGUGCCUCUCUUGUUCUUCUUAUUCUGUGUUUUACCAUUCAGACAUGGAUUAAUGUUCCUGUGAAGUCAGCCUGUGUUUGUUUCUCCCCGCAAAGAAACA